AUGGCAGUCAACAGUGUUGAAGGCAGAAAAAAAAAGGUUGCACUAGGAGGUGCAGGUUGUUCAAAAAGUGUUACAGACUCCUGUCAAGAUAAAAAUGCAGAAUGCAUUGUCAGCGGAGGAACUUGUACAUGUAAAAUAGAUUAUUAUGAUGACAAUGGAUCUGCUUUUAGUGGAACAUGUAGAAACAAAGUUGACCUAGGAGGUACAAGUUGUUCCACAAGUGUUACAGAUUCCUGUAGAGACAGAAAUGCAGAAUGCCUUAUCAGCGGUUUGGCCUGUACAUGUAAAACAGGAUAUUAUGAUGACAAUGGGUCUGCUUCUAGAGGCACAUGUAAAAGAAAGAAGGAACUCGGAGAGGCAGGGUGUUCCAAAUCUAUGUCAGACUCUUGUAAGGAUAUAAAGUCACAGUGCACUUCAAACGGUGGAUAUUGUACGUGUUUGCCUGGAUACUAUGAUUCAAAUGGAAAUGUUUCGGGUGGAAUAUGUGAGUCUGACAAAGCUCUUGGCAUGUCAUGUACAGGAAAACAAAAUGAGUGCGCUGAUUCUGCUGCGGAAUGUUUGGAUGGUAAAUGUACAUGUGGUGGCGACUUUUAUGAUUCUAAUGGUUUUAAUGAAGGUGGAAACUGUGCAAGUGUCUUGGAAUUGAAAGUAUUAGCGAUCACCUUUCCGUCAGACACCAUAAACACUUCUGGAUUCAAAGUUGUUUGGACACCUCCAUCCGCAAACAAAGCUUCACAUAUAAGUAGUUAUGUUAUAGAAUGGAAAUUGAAAACACAAGGAAAUAGUCUAGCUGGCGGAAGCAAAGAAGUUCUAAGAACGGCGACAUCCUUGAUGAUCAAUACUGGCGUCACAUCUGGUAAAACAUAUACCGUUACUGUAACGUCAAGAAAUAUUUGGACACAGUCUGGAGCAUCUAGAACAACAUCAUUGUCAAAGGAACAAGCUGCAAAACCAAACAUCCCAAGGUCUUUGACAACACCAGAUUUAAAUGCUGAAGAUGGCACUAUAAGCAUUGGAUGGAGUGCUCCUGCAAUUGGUGUGGCAUCUAGUUACAGGAUUCGGUUACUAGAUGGCACAAAUGAGAUAAUUGGUGUAGAACGAUCAUCCUUGACAGUCAGCUUUUCUAGCUCAAAAAUAAAAAAUGGAUAUAGAUAUAAUAUAACAAUUACAUCAAAGAGUGAAGCAUAUAAUGGUACAAACUAUGUCUGGGGUAACUUCUAUGAGGAAGAGAUCAAGACUGUAGUUCAAGUGCCGAGCGGUCCAAGUUCUGUACUAUGUGACACUAUCAAAGAUGAAUCAAUUACCGUGACAUGGAUUGGGUCUUUGUUUCCAAACGGAGAUCUUGUCAAAUAUAUCAUACAGGUCUUAAAUCUCAACCAACAACCGCUGUUUAAUACAAGCACAGAACAGGUUGUGGAAAGCCAUACAGUCGUCUCUCUGAUCCCAGAAACGUCAUACAGGUUUAAAGUGUUUACAGAAAAUGAACAAUACAUCUCAACAAACUAUGGACAAUCGAUGUUUUGCAUGACAAAGCCAAAAU